AUGGGCACCUACCUCUCCCUCCUCGUGCGCAAGCGGCCAAGAGAGGAUGAAUCGGACGACAGAUCCUCUGCAGCCGGCUGCAGCGCUUCCAAUGCGGCGUCUCUUCCACCCUCUUCCCUCUCACGCCUGCUUCUGAGUUUGCGAUAUCGCUGCGCUUCCCCGAGCCGUAUCGGGUCGGAGGUGUGCCGUUGCGUUUCGGAAGAUGAGGCGACGCGCCGCGUGUACGGCUGUCACGCACACGUAUACGAGACUGACACUGUGGACGGGAGCCACGGCGUGGCGCUGGCGUGGCGUGUCGACGAGUUCGCUUCGCCUCUGUCGGCACUCUCCCUCCUCUCACUGUGUCGCGUGGCCAACAGCUGCCGCAAAAAAACGCUGGUGACGACGACGAAGGGCGAGGCAGUAGUACUAGCCUACACCGCCGCCCUGUAG